AUGACUUUCCUCAAUUGGGUAUUCCUGGCUUUCUUUGUUUGUUCAUCUCUGGGUCUUGAAAUCCCCAGCCAAACAUGUCAUCCAAAUGAUUUGCUGGCUCUGCAAGAACUUGCAGGAAACCUUACAUAUGGGUCCAUUAUUUCAGCAUGGUCCAAUGAAUCCAUAUGCUGUAAAUGGGAUGGUGUUGCCUGUGAAAAUGGUGGUAAUGGAUCAGUUGCAAAUAGAGUGACCAUGCUUAAUUUGUCCAAAAAAGGUUUGAAGGGAGUGAUUUCGAAUUCUUUGGGCAGAUUGGAUUGGUUGAAAGUGCUUGAUCUUUCGCAUAAUCGUCUCGAAGGCGGAUUGCCCACAGACCUUUCAAAUUUGCAGCGGCUAGAAGUUCUUGAUCUGAGUCAUAACUUGUUGGUAGGACUUGUAUCUGGAGUGCUUGUUGGAUUGAAAUCCAUCCAAUCACUGAACAUUUCUAGCAACUCAUUCAAUGGGGACUUGCUGAAUAUUGGGGGAUUUCCAAAUGCUGUUGUAUUCAACAUCAGCAACAAUUCAUUUUCUGGAGAAUUCAAUUCUCAGAUAUGCAGUUCCUCCAUGAGGAUUCGGAUUAUUGAUUUAUCCAUGAACCAUUUCACUGGAGCGCUUGAAGGCUUGGACAAUUGCAGCAUAUCUCUGCAGCAGUUGCAUUUGGAUUACAAUUCUCUGUCAGGGCACAUUCCGGACUCAUUGUAUUCAAUGUCUUCUUUGGAGCAGGUUUCACUCUCUUCCAACAAUUUCUCUGGCCAGUUAAGCAUGAAACUCAGUAAUAUAUCUAGCCUUAAGACCUUAGUCAUAAAUGGGAACCGAUUUUCGGGUCCCCUACCUAAUGUAUUUGGGAACUUAACACAUUUAGAACAGCUAGUUGCACAUUCAAAUUCGUUCCUUGGACCCUUGCCUUCCACACUGGCACUCUGCGCAAACCUACGGGUGCUUGAUCUUAGGAACAACACUUUAUCUGGCUUUAUUAAUCUUGAUUUCACUCAAUUGCCUUUUCUUUGUACUCUUGAUCUUGCAAGUAAUCAUUUUUCGGGUCCCCUGCCGUAUUCAUUGUCUAGUUGUCAGAAAUUGAAAAAAUUGAGUCUUGCGAAGAAUGGGCUAACUGGCCAGAUUCCUGAGAACUAUGCCAACCUCAGAUCCCUUUCAUUUCUAUCUUUGUCGAACAACAGUUUCAUGAAUUUAUCUAGAGCGUUAGAUGUUCUGCAGCAGUGCAGGAAUCUCACCACUCUCAUACUAACAAAGAACUUCCAUGGAGAGGAAAUCCCAAAAAGUUUGAGUGGGUUUGAGAGCUUAAUGAUUUUUGCACUCGGGAAUUGUGGCCUGUAUGGCCAGAUCCCAGUUUGGUUAACUUAUUGCAGCAAGUUAGAAGUCCUCGAUUUGUCUUGGAAUCACUUGGAUGGCAGUAUCCCUGAUUGGAUUGGUCAGAUGGAAAGUUUGUUCUACUUGGACUUCUCGAAUAAUUCGCUUGUGGGUGAAAUUCCAAAGAGUCUGACUGAGCUAAAGAGCCUCAUUUCCAUAAACAACAGUUCAUCCAAUCUUAACACUACCACUGGCAUACCUCUGUUCGUCAAGCGAAAUCAAAGUUCUACUGGUUUGCAGUACAAUCAGGCUUCAAGUUUUCCUCCGUCUAUAUAUUUGAGCAGUAAUAAAUUAAAUGGGUCAAUUUGGCCAGGAAUUGGUCAAUUGAAACAGCUCCAUAUCUUAGAUUUGAGUAAGAACAACAUAACUGGGACCAUCCCUAGCUCCAUUUCGGAUAUGGGGAACUUGGAAGUUCUGGAUUUGUCAUGCAAUGAUCUUUAUGGAGUGAUUCCUUCCUCAUUCAAUAAGCUCACUUUUCUGUCGCAGUUCAGUGUGGCUAAUAAUCACUUGCAGGGAGCAAUUCCAACUGGGGGCCAGUUCUUAAGCUUUCCCAACUCAAGCUUUGAGGGCAACCCUGGACUUUGUGGGGGGGUUGUUUCUCCUUGCAAUAUGGGACUUCAACCAGCCAUCCAACCUGGUUCCAAUAGUAAAUUUGGCCGAAGCAGUAUCGUUGGAAUAACGAUUAGUAUAGGAGUUGGGAUUGCAGUGCUCUUGGCCAUUGUUCUUGUUAGAAUGUCAAGGAGGGACGUGGGAGAUCCAAGAGAAGGAUUCGAUGAGGAUAUCAGCAGGCCGCACAGGUUAUCUGAAGCGUUUGGGCCUUCGAAGUUGGUGCUUUUUCAGAAUUCGGAUUGCAAGGAUCUCACAGUGGCAGACUUGUUGAAUUCUACAAACAACUUUAGCCAAGCAAACAUCAUUGGUUGUGGAGGAUUUGGUCUGGUUUACAAAGCUGACUUGUCUAAUGGUAUGAAAGCUGCAAUCAAGAGGCUUUCUGGGGACUGUGGGCAGAUGGAACGUGAAUUCCAAGCUGAAGUUGAAGCCCUUUCAAGAGCUCAGCACAAGAACCUUGUCUCUCUUCAAGGGUAUUGUCGGCAUGGGAAUGACAGGUUAUUGAUCUAUGCAUAUAUGGAGAAUGGAAGCUUGGAUUAUUGGCUACAUGAGAGGGUCGAUGGAAGCUCAGUGCUUAGGUGGGACACGAGACUGAAGAUAGCCCAAGGUCGACGACCCGUGGAAGUCUGCAAGGGAAGAAACUGCAGGGACUUGGUGUCAUGGGUGUUUCAGAUGAAAUCUGAGAAGAGGGAGGAGGAAAUAUUUGAUUCAUCGAUAUGGGAUAAGAAAAGGGAGAAAAAACUUCUAGAGGUGCUUGGUGUAGCUUGCAAUUGUAUAGACCAGGAUCCAAGGCGAAGACCCUCUAUUGAUCAAGUUGUUUCAUGGCUUGAUUUAGUGGGAAUAGGGGAUAGUAGACAAUGA